CUUCCCGGCCUGCGCUCCCGCCGGGAUCAGCCGGGAUGUGUGGGACCCGCAGCCGUGACCUCCCUCUGCCCUAAAAGCAAACUUGGAGAGCUACGUUCUUGUCAAAUGGAAUCAGAGGGAGCCGCCGGUGUUGUCAGGAUCCCCCUGAUCCCUGGGGACAAUCAGGGAAGGUGUCCAUGCUGAUUCCUUGGACAUGACCAAUCAAGGUGUUUUUUGAAAAAAAAAGACAGGCCAUAAUAUUGAACAGUCAUACAGAGAAGGAAGCAACCACAGUUAUUUAUAAAGCAGAGGGUCUCCUCUUGCCCUGAGAGUGGGAUAUCUACAGCCUCUAGAUACACCAUCCUAACUCCAAAACCAUAUAUAAGAAUCUUCCCUUAUUCCAAGAAACUCUGGUGGAUAGUACUCUACCACUGACUUAAAAAUUUGUGUUUGUUCCUGGGUAAGAGAAACGCAGCCGCGGUCCUGAUCGUGGAGAGCUCCCAGCUAGACAGCUCCAGCUCCAAGGUGAACUCCAUCAAGUCCACCCUGAUGGGGGAGGCUCCAACUCAGGCAACCAACAGAUCUGCAGGCAUCCACCAGGGACUGAUGCUUGCUAGCAGUAAGAAGGGCAAAAUGCUAGAGCAGAUGGGAAAACCUCCCAAGCACUAUCACCGGCAAGGAGAGGCCUAUCCCUGCAGUAACGACAAGGAGUGCGAGGUGGGGCGGUACUGCCACAGCCCUCACCAAGCCACGUCCGCGUGCAUGGUGUGCCGCAGGAAGAAGAAGCGCUGCCACCGGGACGGGAUGUGCUGCCCCGGGAACCGCUGCAACAACGGUAUUUGCAUACCAGUGACUGAAAGCAUCCUUACUCCUCACAUCCCUGCUCUAGAAGGGCCACGCAACAAGAAGAAUGGUCAUUAUGCGAGCAAGGAUUUGGGAUGGCACAACCUGGGGAGGUCCCGAUCCAAGCUGUCACACAUAAAGGGACAUGAAGGCGAUCCCUGCCUACGGUCAUCAGACUGCAUUGAGGGACACUGCUGUGCUCGCCACUUCUGGACCAAAAUUUGCAAGCCUGUGUUGCAUCAGGGGGAGGUGUGCACCAAACAGCGCAAGAAAGGCUCCCAUGGACUGGAGAUUUUCCAACGAUGUGACUGUGCCAAGGGUUUGUCUUGUAAAGUAUGGAAAGAUGCGACCUCCUCUUCUAAAUCGAGACUUCAUGUGUGCCAGAAGAUCUGAAUGAGGAUUGGGAAGAUAGUAUUGAGUGACUGUGGCUUUAUGUGUUUAAUGCAUUAUGGCAUGGUGGAAAAAGGGGACUGCAAAUGAAAGUGGAGUGGCUAAAGUAACAGUUAGAGUAUGAGUAGAAGUCACACCAAAUGCAUUUCUUUCUGAGCUGGUGGCAAACACAAGUGUAGCUGGAGUUCACCUACUGCGCGGUUCUCCUGUAAAUAAUUCUCCAGUUUGUGGGAAAUGCUAGUAUGCAAACAAGUAGAGUGGAAAUGAAUGUCACUUACCUCGCUGUGUUGUCCCACGAUGUUUCAGGGGUUCACUGGGUCUACAGUGGGUCUACAGCGUGGUAAGGAUUUUCUACAGAAAUUGUAUACAUUGUACUCCUAUAGGAAGCGGUGCAUGCCAGGGAGACUCAUCUGUCAACACAUUAUUGGCCACAUUGCAGGUGUGAGAAAUGGAAAUAAAGUUACUGUGAAUGUCCACAUGCCCUUGUUAUUCAGGGCUGACAUUCAGCAAGGAAGCGCUCCUGCAGGACAAGAGUGCUAUGUUUUCCAGGCCCUUGUGAAGAAGGUGAAAACUGGCCAUCUCAAAAUUUCAAGAGAGCAGCAGUUUACCUAAGAGGAGGCAUUUAAACAGGGUUUUGUUUCCUAUACAUGGGUAAAUUGAAAUGCUUUAUGUAGUUCAAUGUCAUAAUAAGGCACUUAAUUACUUGUAUUUUUCUCAGUUUACUGCUAAUAUGCGUUGGGUUGAACAGAUGAAGCAAAUAUGUGUGCAUGCUGAAUCCAGAAUUAUAUACAGGCAGAUUCUCAUUAGUCCUAAAUAUACUUUCCUUGCCUAAGCAUUCUUGCAUUAUAGACAUUUCCAAAAGAAAUAGCAGUGUUGAAGUGCUUAACAUGAAGAACUUUGAAGUUUUUUCUCUGUUGCUGUUAUAAUAUAACAUAUUCAACCAACAUUUGUUGAGGUGUUUCGAGCAUAGUGCUACAGACUCAAUUUUUACAUCUUAUGGCACUCUGCAGCAGUAUAAUGGAUUUGUUCUCGAGACAACAGAGGAAAAGGAGUUGGGUCCUGUGAGCAUCUCCACUCCUGCAGAAGAGGAUGUAAGAAGAUGGCAUGACCACAAAUGACUUGUUAAACAUCAUGUGAUGUCACAGCAUACCAGCCUCCAGCAUGUAUUCAGCCUGAAACUGAUGUGCUCUCACUCUGGACUGUUCUGCCAGGAAUGACAGAAAUAUGUAGACCGUGGAAACAGUUGCCAACCCUACCUUAUUUGUGUACUGGUUAAAAAAGAACAGCCCCUCUCCUGUGACUUGUCUCCCAGGUCUUUUCAAACUUUUAAAAUUUUACUUAUUUUCAAGUAUUACUUCGUAUAAACUUUGGUAAAGAGACUGAUAUUAUUUUAAAGAAGUCUGAUUCUAUAAUUGACCUACUGCUAAGUUGUAAUUACCCAUUUUUAAUUACCCAUUUUCAUGUUCUAUGAUACAAAGAUAAAAAGAUACUUUUCUGUUUAUUCAGUUCUGCGCAGCAUGGGUAGGCCAUUAUGUAAUUUAACUUUGAAGAUCACAUUACCAUUAUCUGACACAUUUUUCCACCAGUGGGAUGCCUUAAAGCUUUAGCUUAGCUACACUACUUGACUCAGCCUUCCUAAUUAGGACACAGACCUCAGCUUCACUGCCCUUAUCUUUCAUGAGUCUAAAGCACAAGAGUAUUUCACACUCCUCCAUCCCUACUGGAAACAACUCUUCUUACUCCAGCAUUUUCCAACAUCACUGAAACAGGAAUAAGGCUCAGAAAUUGCAAAAUACUAAAAAAGUCCAGGAACCAAUUUUACAAGUUUUAUUUACACUGACACAGCACAUACUCAGAAGAGGAACUCAAGCACUCUUGUUGCUCAAGUGCUCACUACACAUAAGGAAAAAUGAGCAAGGGAGUUGCAGAAAUGGGGUCCUGGCAUUUUUAGCUCUUCUUAUUGGCCUACCCACAAUUUUGCUCUUGCAAAACACAGUUAUUUGGGAUAAUUUAUUUACAGGAAAUGUUUAAUGAGAUGUAUUUUCUUAUAGAGAUAUUUCUUACACAAAGCUUUGUAGCAAAUAUAUUUGCAGCCUGUUGAAUUUAAUGUAGAAAAAUGUAUAAUAAGAUUAAAUAUAUUAAAUUUCUUUUCACAUUCCUCCCCAAGUAUCUUACCCAUAUUCUUUUCCUCACCUGCUGCUUAAGAAGAGUAGUUCUUUACAGAAAGACAUGCAAAUCAUUUGAAAAAAACCAAUCGUGUCUCUUAGCUAUGCAAGUAAAAACAUCUGAUUGUACUUGUGUCUGUGUGUAGGCUGAGUUCUGGUAAAGAACAUGAAGGUCAUCUUGAAAUCCCCAUACAUCAUUUCCAGAAAACUGGUUUAAGUGACAGCUACCUGUAUGCUUCUCUUGGGUUGGUUUAACCCUAAACACUCAAGAAUGCAUCUUGAAAAUAGUGCACCUGGUUGUGUCAUGUAAAAUCAAGCAGGUUAAGUGGGGAAGGUAUCCAGACACAUUUCCUGGAUAGCGAUACAUACCAGAGGGACUCAUGCUGGAUAAAGGUGGUAUUUAAAUUACACAGCAUUUUGUUAGAGGCUACAGCAUGCAAAUGCACUCCUGCAAAAUCUAUAACUUGCAAUUCUGAAAUAGCAACUCACAGCAUUCAGCUCUAAUAACAUGAAACAAUCCAUGUGACACAACUGCGAAUACUGUUAAUAAAACCAGCCAAGUUUUGAUCCCAGGAAAACGCCUGCAGAGCACAAUAAAUAUUGCAAAAUAAUGCCUGUGGUUAUUGAGCAAUGGUCUUGAUAUCCCUGUUAGAUGUUUCUGGUAACCCUUUGCUGCAACAGAUGUACAUUUGGGGAUGUAAUGGUCUCCAAAUCACACAAGUGAUCGUAUAAAAUGAAAAAGUUUAGCUACUGUCAUUUGCAGUAUUUGGUUGGUAGGCCUUUGAAAAUUCCAACACUUUUGACAUCAACAUAAUGAAAUUGUGAGCAUUUUCAGAGCCCAAUGACUUCAGGAAAGACUGCCAAAGCCUUCAGAGUUUUAAUCUGGGGACAAAAACAAUAGGCACAGGCAGUUCCUUGCACACCACAAAUGCUGAGCCACAUAGCUGAAUAGAGUAGCGUGCAAGCAGUUUCUAAAGACUGAACUUUGGUUAUUUAGAAGACAGUCAGUCACUGUGUUGUGGAAAUAUACAUCAGUUUGAGAAUAAAAGAACAGCUACAUUUUGGGAUAAUUGCUCUCACUCACUGUGUCACUCAUCACGGGAAUUAAGAAUGAGUUUGGUUCAGUAACGUUUCAGAAAUCUGCUGUCAUGACACAAGUACACAAGAUGUUAUUGCGGAACAAUUCAAAUAAUUUUCCUAUUAGCCUAGAAUAGCCUCAGCAAUGCAACAUCUCUUUGGAAAUGCUUACCAACAUUCCUAAAAAUAAUGGAUUUCUACUUUGUAACUACAUAUAUUUGAUUUACAGUAUAAAUAUGGGUGUGUAUCUAUUACUGUACUAUUUGCUUUGUCUCAUUUUGUUUGCAACCUAUAUUAUUUAUGAUUUUAAACAUUUUUAAUGGAAACAAUUAAAAUGAUUUAUCUGCUAUCUAUAACAACACUUUCAACAGCUUACAUCCAGCAUCUGCCAUCUAAACCAGAAUUCACUGAAAUUUAAGCCAUCUUCUUCAUAUUCUGACUUUCCAGCUCAUUGUCUCAGCAACAGCAAAAAAAGCCCUCACCAAAUAAACACCCUAAAAGAUCUUGGGCAGAGGCUGAGAAGAGACAUUCCUAAACUAUUGCUUCCCUCUCUGCUUUUACUUUGGAGCUCUGCAUCAUCACCUCCACUAGCAAAAGUAAGUGCUAUCAAAGAAAAUUUGUAUUUUUCAUCCUUUCCAGUUUGCUUUCCUUCUAGGAAAGAGGAGAUCCUGAAGGUCAAAACCAGCAGAAACUCAUAACAGAGACUCUAAGCUCAGGAUUUUAAGAGUUUUGAGACCUAUCCUCUAACUUUCAAAAAUUUAAUUGUUAGAGAAUUAUGUAAUAUCAAGACCGCAUUUAUAAAAAAUAAAGAAACCUUGUUCUUUGGGUUGUCAAUCACAUGUUCUGAAAAUAACUGCCCACAGUGUUGGAGUAAAAACAAACACUUCCUCCUCACCCAGGCAACCUUACCUGUAGUCCCUGACAAAGGGAAAGCAGUGGUUUUGGAUUUCUUUUGCUCUGGGCACAGUGUA